CAUGCCAGGCCAAAAUAGAUGGGCGUCAGAAGUCCACUUGAAGUUCUUCUUGGCCCAAAUCAACGCAUACACCCUCACAGGGCCGGACUUCCCUAAAAACAGAGAGAGGGCGAGCCGGCAAGCAGCGAAGCGGACGAAGAGAGGGAGAUGGCGGCCGCGUUGAGACCGGCGAUCCUUCGCCACAUCCGAAUCCCCGUCCGAACUGUAUCUCGAUCGAGGCCUCUCGCAUGCCUCAAUCCACUCUCGACCUCGAUGAUCCGAUCCAUGUCCUCCCAUGGCGAUGACCAUCUCACCAAGGAGGAGGUCAUCGAGCGGGUCCUCGACGUGGUCAAGAACUUCCCCAAGGUCGAUCCUUCCAAGGUGAACCCGGAUGUCCAUUUCCAGAAGGAUCUGGGCCUGGAUAGCUUGGAUAAUGUGGAGAUCGUGAUGGCUUUGGAGGAGGAGUUCAAGCUGGAGAUCCCGGACAAGGAGGCGGACAAGAUCGAUUCGUGCAGCCUGGCCAUCGAGUACAUCUCUAAUCAUCCCAUGGCCGUUUAGUUUGGAGCAUUGCCAGGGCGAGGUUGCUGUUUCUUGUACUUUUCCCCCGUUUGUUUGGAACUUCAAAGGCAGCUGCUCUCCAUGAUUUAGGAUGGUCUCCUGAAGAAUUGGACCUUAGAGUGUAUGGAAAUAAGCUUUUCUAUGCCUAAAGAACUAAUUCAAUGGACAGUUUGGAGCUGGAAGUUGUUUGCUUGCAUCAAAUUUGGCAUCUUAAGAAUGUCAUUGCAAUUUCAUCCAA